CAAAGUAACGCUUCACUUGCGCCCAGUAUUUGAAGGAGAAAUUGUGUUGUCUGUUUUGUUGCAUGUUUAUUGUUGCUAACCGAAAUUUUAUAACUAGUGCAGAUAUAAAUUACUAGUAUCCUCAAUCAUUUUAAGUAAUACUAUUCAGUGAAUUUACUGACCACAAUUUUCUAUUUAACAUUUAAUGCUCAGUUAACCUCACUUUUAAAAACAUUUUACUUCAUUUAUUUACAUUGUUUUUACAUUUUUAUUCAAAUAUAUAAAGAGGUCAAUUUAUGACCCAGCUCAGCAUAAGCAUGAAACGUGGUAGUGAUAUAAGGCCAAAUAAAAGUGAAACUCCAAGUUACUCUCGUUCGAUGGAAGAAAAAAUGCGUCGACGAAGAGAAUGGAUGAUUGAGCAAGAAAAAGCUCGCGAACAUGAACGUCGAAAGCAGCGAAUGAUUCAAGAAUAUGAAGAACGCCGUGCUCGAGAACUUGGAUUGAAGAGUCGCAGUCGAAGAUCAUCUUGUCGAAGUCGAAGUCGUAGUCAUAGCAGAAAUCGGAGUAAAUCUUCAGAUAGGUCUUACAGAAAACAUCAUCAUGAAAAGAGUACUCCAAAAGAUAUAGUCAUGUCUGAAAAAUAUGACUCUCCGUCUUCAAGAAAGAAAUUGUUUAAAGGAGGUGAUGGUACAAAAAUUUCUAUCACAGACUUGAAGAAUAUAAAAACAAUUAUUCACAGAAAUUUACCAUCAACAGAAGCUUCUGCAGAACCACUUGAUAGAAGGAUUGAAAAUCCAGAGGAAAUAAAAUUAAUAAGAAGAGAGGGAGAAGGUACCAAGCCUAUUUUCGAACGAGAAGAAAUAAAGGAAGCUGAAAGUUGUACGGCGAAAAUAGAAGAACAUCGCAAGGUUGUAGCUGUUGGGUCUUUUAAAAUCCCUCAUUCUUCAAGAAGACGAUCUACUUCUAGUCCUAGUCCAAGACGUUAUCAUCAUAGUAAAAGUCCACAUAGGGAGUCAAGAUACAGAUCCCGAAGUGAGGUGGAAAAAGAUCACCAUCAAAGUUCGAAAUAUGAAAGAUCAAGUCACAAUAGAUCUCAUGAAUAUCGGCAUCACACACCUUCAAGGGAGUAUGAUGAUAACAGACAUAGGUCUAGAGAUCGUGAUUAUGACCGCCGUGAUAGUAGAACACGUAGAGAUUCUCGAGAAAGAGACCGCAGAAUGACCAUACCACAUCAUUACAUGGAGCCUGUACCAGUACCUAUUUUUUAUGACAACUACAUGCGACCAAUAAUGAUGAAUCCGAUGAUAACACUGCGUAAUCCUGUACCUAUUGUUCGAGGACGAAUGCCUCCACUGUUACCACCAAUGAGACCUCCUUUCAACCCCCGAUUAGUUCAUGCUUUACCGAGACAAAGUGGUUAUUCUCAUCCACGUGUGAACCGUAUGUAAUGCGAAUUCAUAAACGACUGAUGUUUAAUAAUUUUUUUAUAACGACGUUUAAUGAUUUUUUAUAUCCAUUGUCAUUUUAUAAUAAAAAAGAUAUUUUAAUCAAA